AAUUUGUUACUAAUUUUCGUUAUAUGCAGCUCUUCUGCCAUGCGUUGUGUUUCCGUUAGUCGGAGAAUAUUAAUCAUGGCAGCGACCCGUAGGUUGCAGAAGGAGCUGGCUGAUAUCCGUACCUCGGGAAUGAAGUCAUUCCGAGACAUUCAGGUAGACGAGUCAAAUAUUUUAACAUGGCAAGGACUUAUUGUUCCCGAUAACCCACCAUAUAACAAAGGCGCCUUUCGGAUUGAGAUCAACUUCCCUGCGGAGUACCCAUUUAAACCUCCAAAGAUAAACUUUAAAACAAAAAUAUAUCAUCCCAACAUUGAUGAAAAAGGGCAGGUUUGUUUACCUAUCAUCAGUGCAGAGAAUUGGAAGCCAGCAACCAAGACAGACCAAGUCAUACAAGCUUUAGUGGCACUAGUCAAUGAUCCUGAACCAGAACAUCCACUGCGAGCUGAUCUAGCAGAAGAAUAUCUUAAAGACAGGAAGAAAUUUGUUAAAAAUGCUGAAGAGUUCACAAAGAAACACAGUGAAAAACGGCCUUCUGACUAAAGGCCUCAAGUAGCACUGUGAUGUCAAAAUGCAAGAGUAUAAGAUGUUUCUUGUGAGUUAAUUCUGCCUGGAUCAGAGGUAAUGACCUGCUGAUCACUUUCACCACAGCAUUUUGAAUACUGGGGAGAAUGUUUUAGAAUACCAGCAGGCAUAACUGAAUGGAUGAACACUGUGAACUUGGAAAUUUCGAAUGAAUCAGCUCCUUAUUAUCUGUAGGAGUUUUGAUGUGCCCUGUGAACUAAUUUUAACCCCAAAUAAAUCUCAAUAUUUGCAUUUAUAUGAUAGGAUUAUGGCAAGACUUGGCUUAUGUGAGACAGGAUAACAAGUGUAAUGGCCUAUAUGAGAUCUCAAGCAGUAAGCCUUUACAUUGUCAUCUGGUUUAUGACACUGUAUUGUCUGAUAGAGGUUACCAGCAGGUACUUAUGUAAUAGCAGAUGACCCAGGUUACUAACUGCUAUAUUUAGCACUGCAGACCUUAGAAUUUAUAUGUAAAAUUAACACCCGAAGCCUAACCUUAGAAUUUGCCUCAAGUAACAAGUUCACAGAGUUAGGCUUUUUGUUUUUAAAAAUAAACCACAGUUACCAGUGCUAAUAUGGCGAUUGAUGUGGCAGUAAUUUUUAAAGUUACAUGGUUCAGCCAUUACUGUGUAAGUACCUACAAAUACUUGGGAGCAACAUACUGCCUCUAUCUUCAGGGUGUGAGUGGGGACCUCUCAGGACAUCAGGAGGUUAUAUAGGAAGAAAGGGAGGGCUGGUCUAUGGAGAACAAAAUUGGAUUCUUAUAUGACCCAGCUAUUUCCCAACUUAGUUUACUUCUACCUUGAAGAUGGAGGUGGUGUGUUCCUCAGAAAUGCUGUAACUACUUAUCAGACUGCCAUUUUAUAACCAAGAAGACCACAAAAUGAAUCUAUAAGGACCCAGUUCACUGAUGGAGCACUGUAGUUCGUGUGAUACAUGGCAAUCACAUGUAUGGGAGUUUAUUUACCUAGAACUGGAUUCAUGCAUUGUUUAUUGCACACAGUAUCAUAGAGUGUCAUCAUUUUAUCACAAGUUGUGCACUGUUGUGCAUUGAAUGAGAGGAAAAGAAUGUCUUCAGAGAUGUUUUUUACUCAUGGUCUCAGUUUUGUGAUUGUUUAUUCACUAUUCAUUUCAUAUUUUGCCAUUAGCAAAUGAUUUUUUCUGCAGUGCUGUUAAUAAAAACAAGUCAGAUGGUGAUAUUUCAUCAUUACAUUUGUUUUGCAAUUUUGGUGAUAUAUUUGUGUCAGUUUGUGUCUGCCUUGGUGCAUAAUUCUCUUGGAUGUGAAUAAAUUAAUUUUAACACUG